UAAUAUUUUUUACAAAGAUCGUACAAAAAGCUCAAAGAAGAAUAGACGUAAAACAUCUUUCUUUGAAAAGACCGCCACACAGAAUCGAUAUUUCACGGCAGCGGCGCUCGUGAGUUUCACGCCGACAACGCAAUCACUCGCAUAUGCUGCGUAAUAUUGCAUCUUUGUUUUGUAUCAAAUCGCGGAAGAAAAUAAUUAUAUACAUCACAUUAGCAAGAAUACACAUAAAAUCAAGCGUUGAUGUGUGUGGCGCUUGUACCAAGUCGUAAGAUACAACGUGCUAGCAACACCGUCAACGGAUCCAAUGCCACUAGUCUGCUGUCUCAGCAGCCAUCUGCUCGCCAACGCGAAGGUCUCGCGCACGCGUGAAAGAUGGGAAAAUCGCUAUUAUUCUGCAGAGUUUAAGAUCAACGAAAACCCGACAGAUUUGAUUAAGAAAUCAAUUAAAUCCCAUCAUGAUCGUCAAACCACAAAUCGGACGAAAAACGCUGCUCAAGACGGGACAUGCUAAUUUCUGGACGAAAAUACUCAGUAAGCAGAACAAACCAUUGGCGUCAGAGGUCUUAACGAGCUACCUAUUGCAAACCGGCGAGCCCCCGUGGACGUCGUACUUCGUCCGCUACGCCGACGUAGUGAACGAUCAGCGGGGAAUGUCACACUUCAAUUGGCCGGCGGGCAGCAGCAAUUACCACGUACUUAGGACCGGCUGCUUCCCGUACGUCAAGUACCACUGUAGCAAGCGGCCGGCGCAGGACCUCAGCGGCGAGGACAGAUUCUUCAAGGCGAUCAAGAUACUGAACCUUGGUAGGCGCGAGCGAGUGCCCGGACGAUCGGCUUUUGAUAAAGGAACCCGUGUUCGGCGACGCGGCCUUGUUUAUUUACGCCGCGUCGGACACGAUAGAUCGACAAGCUCAUAAAUCCCAUGAUUAUCGCGGAUAUCGGGGUGUCGCGGAAUCCUCGAUCCUAAUUUUAAUGAGAUUUUUCGAACACGUUCGAUCACUUUUUAAUUAAGAUAUGAAGACAUUGAUAACUUUUUUCAUCGCCAAUUAAAAUUGAAGAUAUUUACGGCUUGAACUUCUGAAUCAUUUAAAUUUCAAUGAAACUUGCGCUCCCGGAAAUCGACAUUUAAUUGUCUAGGUAUUUAACGCCACAGCAAAUUAUGAAUCUCGAAGUUUUUCCGAAAAAGAACUCCUCUUCUUUUGUUAUCAAAUAUAGUCUGUUAAUUAAAAAAUUACUCUGGGACACCCUGUGCAUUCGCGAAUGCUACAGCCGCGUUUAAUUGAAUUCAAUCCGUAUCUGAAGUAACGAUCGGGACAAGGCAUCGCUGCAGAAAACCGCGUGUAGCGCGGUUUUACCAAGCUGUCUUAUUUGACUCAAUUUUCAACGUUCGAGAAUGAACGUGGGACGACGACGACGACGUCACCGUCGUCUUUCCACGGUCAACGUCUCGUUUCAUUGACUGAUCUGGAAUUAUCCAUGGCGAACGGGUUUGGUAGUGCCGAUGACUCGAUAAUCCCCUUUAACUUCUUCGCCUGCUUGCGUUUGUUCGGUCCAUCAGGUAUCC